AUGGCACCCUCACUCAAGCUUUUCUCUGCUUUUCUUGUUCUCUGCAUCUUCAAACAAGGUUGGGCGGCCACAUGCACCAUCUCCAACAUCGUCGUUACGCAGGCGAAAACUGGAGCCUCAGUAGAAGGGCAGCCCGAAUAUGAAGUGACCAUAGCCAACAACUGCAUCUGCUCUCAGUCCAAUGUCAUGGUCCGGUGUGCUGGAUUCAGCAGCGUCGAGAAGGUGAACCCUGCAUUGUUUAAACCACUCGAUGGUGUGCUUUGUCUAGUCAACAAUGGUGAUGGCAUCUUCCAAUCGUCGCCUAUUAAGUUCAAAUAUGCAUGGAAGACACCGUCCGAUCUGUCGCCGGCAUCAUCUCAGAUUAAUUGCUCCUAA